AUGUCAGAGGAUGUUGACAGUCAUAUUAAGGAUAAAUAUGAAUUACAUAAACGAUUAGGUAAAGGAGCAUAUGGUAUUGUAUGGAAAGCAACUGAUCUUCGUACUAAAGAAACUGUAGCAUUAAAAAAAAUUUUUGAUGCUUUCCGUAAUCAAACUGAUGCACAGAGAACAUUUAGAGAAGUUAUGUUUUUACAAGAAUUUGGUAGACAUCCAAAUGUUGUUAAACUUUUUAAUAUUUUAAAAGCUGAUAAUAAUAAAGAUAUUUAUCUUGUCUUUGAAUUUAUGGAAGCUGAUUUACAUAAUGUAAUUAAAAAAGGAACUAUAUUAAAAGAUAUUCAUAAACAAUAUAUUAUGUGUCAAUUAUUUAGAGCAAUUAGAUUUUUACAUUCUGGUAAUGUAUUACAUCGUGACUUGAAACCAAGUAAUGUUUUAUUAGAUGCUGAUUGUAGAAUUAAAUUGGCAGAUUUUGGUUUAGCAAGAUCAUUAUCUCAAUUAGAAGAAUAUCCAGAAGGUAAUAAUAUGCCUGAGUUAACAGAAUAUGUUGCAACACGAUGGUAUAGAUCACCAGAAAUUUUAUUAGCAGCUAAAAGAUAUACUAAAGGUGUUGAUAUUUGGUCAUUAGGAUGUAUAUUAGGUGAAAUGUUAUAUGGAAAAGCCUUAUUUCCAGGAACCUCAACAAUAAAUCAAAUAGAAAGAAUUAUGAAUACAAUACCAAAACCAUCAAAAAGUGAUAUUGAUAGUAUUGGAUCACAUUAUGCAGCAUCAGUUCUUGAAAAAAUGCCCCAAAAACCUAGAAAACCAUUAGAUUCAUUAUUUGUUAAUUGUGAUCCAAAUGCCAUAGAUUUAGUUUAUAGAAUAUUAUCAUUUGCUCCACAUAAAAGAUUAACUGUUGAACAGUGCCUUGUCCAUCCAUAUGUUUUACAAUUUCAUAAUCCAUAUGAUGAACCGGCUUUAAAUUAUGAUGUUACAUUACCACUUCCAGAUCAUAUUCAAUUAACUAUUGAUGAUUAUCGUAACAAAUUAUAUGAAUUAAUUGAUAUAAAUAAAACUGAUACUCAUAAAAUAAGUCAUGAUAAUUUAUCAAUAAAAACAAAUCAAAAAAAUAGUAAUUCACCACCAAAAGAUAAUGUAAAGAAAGGUGUAAUAAUUAAUGGUAGAAAAUAUUCAGAUUCAAAUAAAGAUAAUCUAUAUAAUUAUGAUGUUUAUAAUAACAAUAAUAAUAAAAUAAGACCUAAAACAAUGGCAUAUUCACAAAGUUAUAAUACAAAUAUUUUUCAACCAAAUAAAAUACAUGAUGAUAAAAAUUAUUAUAAAAGUUAUCAAGAUAUUAGUAAGUAUGAAAAUAAUACAAAUAAUACUAUAAAUGAUGGAUUAAUUAAUGGUUAUAAUAAUUAUAGUCAAUCAAAUAAUUCAAUAUUAUAUAAUAAUGGUAGUAAUUAUAAAAUUAAUAAAUAUCAAUAUAAUAAUAAUGGAAAAAAUAGACAAAUAUAUAGUAAUGGUAUAGAGGAUAGAAAAAAUAUUUGGACUUGUGAUGAUAAUGAGGCAGAAAGAAGAAAAUUAGAAUUAUUAAAAGCUUAUCAAAAUAUUAAUUUAGGUAAAAAAGUUAAUAAUCAUGGUUUUAAGCAUAAUAUUAUGUAUGAUAAUAAUAAAAAUUCAACAUCUAAUAAUGGUAGGAUUGGACAAAAUUUAGUUAAUGGUUAUAAGGGACAAAUUUAUUAUGGUAAAACAAUUCAAUCUUCAGAAAAACAGGCACCAAUUGCACAGGCAGAAUGUUCUGAUACUGAUUUUGAUACAAAUAGAUCAGGAAAUAAUUAUAAUAGUUAUGGUAAAGAUGAAACCACACCAAAAGCUUCUUAUUAUAAUGAUAUGUCAGGAAAAUCUAAAGGAAGUAAUAAAAGUAAUGAAAGUAUUAUUCAUAAAAAAUUUAGUAAAUUAGGUUAUGCUAUGGAAAAAAUGAUAAGAGAAAGAGCUCAUUCAGCUGAACCCCGAAGUAAUCAGGCAUUAAAAGGAAACAAUAAAGUAGUUAUACAAAAUAAUAGUAAUAAUAUGGAGGGACAACAUUAUAGUAAUAAUACAAAAAAGAAUCCUUCAAAUUUUUUCCAUCACCUUCGUGGACCUGGAAAAGAUCCGGGUAUGAAGUAUCAAGGUCAAAAGAAUAUACCAAACAACAGUACUACACCAAUGAUGAUGGGAAUAGAAAAAAACACCAUAUCAUCAAAAGGAAUGUACAAUAUAGUGGGGAACAACCUGAAAGAAAUGACGUAA